ACCAAUCCGGCGAGCGCUCUGGCCUGGCCUGCAGUGCGCCGAGGACGCGGGGGGAGCAUGUACGGGCUCCUGAGCCGGAGCCUGGGCCGAGGCCUCCUGCGGGCCGCGGGGCGGCGGUGCUGGGGCUGCUCGGCGCGCCCGCUCCCGGGGCGGGUGGGAGGCCUGGAGCUCGACGCGGUGGUGUCGCCGCACCGAGUCGUGCCUCGCGGCCGGGGCCCGGGCUUGCUGCCGCUGCUGGCAGCGCUCGCCUGGUUCUCGAGGCCCGCUGCGCAGGAGGAGGAGGAGGAGCAGCCGGGAGCGGGCGGGGCCGCCACCGAGGACGCGGCAGACGAGGCCGAGGCCGAGAUCAUCCAGCUGCUGAAGCGAGCCAAGUUGAGCAUCAUGAAAGAUGAGCCAGAAGAGGCUGAGCUAAUUUUGCAUGACGCUCUUCGCCUUGCCUAUCAGAGCGAUAACAAGAAAGCCAUUACUUACACUUACGAUUUGAUGGCCAACUUAGCAUUUAUACGAGGUCAACUUGAAAAUGCAGAACAGCUUUUUAAAGCAACAAUGAGUUAUCUGCUUGGAGGAGGCAUGAAGCAGGAAGACAAUGCAAUAAUUGAAAUCUCCCUGAAGCUGGCCAGUGUCUAUGCUGCCCAGAAUAGACAGGAAUUUGCCCUUGCUGGCUAUGAGUUCUGCAUUUCCACUCUAGAGGAAAAAAUUGAAAGAGAAGAGGAAUUAUCAGAAGAUAUUAUGUCAGUUGAAGAGAAAGCCAACACACACCUCCUUCUGGGCAUGUGCUUAGAUGCCUGUGCACGCUACCUGCUGUUCUCCAAGCAGUCAUCCCAGGCACAAAGGAUGUAUGAAAGGGCCCUGCAGAUUUCUCAAGAAAUACAAGGAGAAAGACACCCACAGACCAUUGUGCUAAUGAGUGACCUGGCUACUACGUUGGAUGCACAGGGCCACUUUGAUGAAGCCUACAUUUAUAUGCAGAGGGCAUCAGAUCUGGCAAGAGAGAUAAAUCAUCCCGAGCUGCACAUGGUGCUCAGUAAUCUAGCUGCGAUUCUGAUACACAGAGAACGAUAUACACAAGCAAAAGAGAUCUACCAGGAAGCACUGAAGCAAGCAGAGCUGAAAAAAGAUGAGGUUUCUGUACAGCACAUCAGGGAAGAAUUGGCUGAGCUGUCAAGAAAAAAGCUACAUGUGUCAUGGCACAGGGGAAUUUUGCUAACUUCAGCGAGUCAUCACCCACUCUCUGCUGUGCUGGCCCUGGUAAGGUGCACAUCUAUCCCUCUCAGCAGGUUUGCUCCUUAGGGUCAAGAGACAGAAACAAAGCACAUGGAAGUCUGUCUUGGUUCUCUAUCACUGGAUGUAACUGAUGGACAAGUAAAGGCAGCAUGCUGAGUAAACAGUACAACAGAGUUCUGAUGAACGCAUGCACAUCAGCCCAAGGAAAGGUUCUGCCACACACCUUGAUUGGAUAUUUAUCAAUAAUCCGUAAGAAUGCUGUGAGCAAAGAACUGUUAGCAGUCAGUCAGACAUCACUGGAAGCACAGACUUGAGUUGGAAGGCCUGGGUUUGAGCCAAAGCCCAUUACUUACUAGUUACAUAACCUGCGUCAGUUAUUAAGCCUCUCUGAGUUUCAGUUUCCUCACCUACAAAAUGGAGAUAAUUAUAUGUCGUGUAUAGGGUUAUUGGGAGGAUUAAAUGAAUAGAAUAUUUACAAUACUAGGAUAGUGCCUAGCACAUAAGUGCUAAUUACCUCUUGUUACCAUUAUUUACAUUUUUCAGAUGGCCAAGUUUAUCAUAGAUGCAUAUAAAUGCUGAAUGACUUAAAUGAGAUCCAGACAGAAAAUGUAGGUGGAAUGGAGCAAUCACAAAUUACCUUGUCCUAAACCUGAAACUAGUGAUUCCCAAACAGAAUCGGGGAGAGGUAUGGUUUCAGAGUGGCCAUGAAGAGAUCUUGACAUCUGCAUUCAUACUUAGCACACUAUAACAAGUGUUGGGAUUACCAGCAAAAAUGCUGAGACAAUGUUAGGCUGCAGUAAUAAUGCCAAAUUUAGGACACAUCAUAUCACUACUUAUAACUCAGAACCUAUUGAAAAGCUAAGCUAAAUAAAAUGCUUUUUGGUGGAUAGCAACUGAGUUAGUAGGGUAUGAAAACAAGGACAUGAGGAAUAGCUGGUGAAACGGUGGGGGGUGGAUGUUUACGGAGGGAUGAGACUCAUGAAGGACUUGUCUUCAAAUAUCUGAAGAGAUGUCAAUGUACAGAUGGCCCAAAUAGAUAAAGAUCAGUAGGUUAAAAAAAACACAACAAAACCAAAAUCACAGCCAGCCUAGUCCAGCCCCACCACAGAAAAAAGUGCCCUAGACCCAGCAUUAGUUCCCAGAGAAAAUGGAAGGCUUCAGAAAGGAGCAAGUUCCUACUUUCUAGGUAA